UGAACUGUUAAACCCUUUAGAGCCGCGUCAGUGAAACUCCUCACCAGCCCGGAAAGAGUGGCAGUCAUCCCGCGCGCAGUGGAAGUCGGUCAGACCCCGUUACGCACUGGAGAAAUAACCUGAACAUCCAAUGCAUGCAUUGUAAUUACAAGGAUAGCAGCACUGACUUAUUCAAAGUUACUUGGGAACAUUGUGUUUAAUUGUUCAAAACUGAGCAUCAGUUAAAGUCGGCAGGACAUCUUUUUUUUUUUUAAGAAUGAAGGGAUUUACACCUUUCUUCUUCAACAUGAUUAUUGUUGCGCUGCUCCUCGCCACCGUCUCCGCAACCAAGAUCAACGUGCCAAGGCUGAGACUGUCCCACAAAGACUUGCUGUCCACGAACAGGUCAUCCAUCUUCAGCGGUCAUCAUGGUCAGCUCUCUCUUAGUGCUGUCUUUCUGGAUGAAUACCGUGACCGGCUGUUCCUGGGAGGGAAAGACGUCCUUUACUCUCUUACUCUGGGUCCACUCAGCAGUGAAUACAAGGAGAUCUACUGGCCCCCAUUACCUGGCAACAGAGAAGAAUGCGUUCAGACAGGGAAGGAGCAGACAGAGUGUGCCAACUUUGUGCGUCUCCUGCAGCCUUACAACCGCACUCACCUGCUGGCCUGUGGCACUGGAGCCUUCCAGCCCAUAUGUGGCUUCAUUUACGUGGGGCACAGAGGGGAGCAUGUGUUCACCAUGGACCCAAUGAAUGUGGAAAGCGGACGAGGGAAGGUUCCACAUGACCCCAGCUUCCCUUUCGCAAGCGCCUUCAGUGGUGGGGAGUUGUAUACAGGACUGACAGCAGAUUUCCUGGGAAGAGACUCUGUUAUUCUCAGGAGCAUGGGGGGUCGCUCCAUCAUGAGGACCGAGACUGACCAGAAACUCCUUCAUGAUCCUAAGUUUAUCGCUGCUCACCUCAUCCCAGACAACGACGACAGGGAUAAUGAUAAAGUGUAUUUCUUCUUCACUGAGAAAGCCUCAGAGGCAGGGGACAGGGAGGGGGCCAUUCAUACACGAGUUGGACGAGUGUGUGCGAAUGAUGUUGGAGGCCAGAGAGUUCUGGUCAACAAGUGGAGCACCUUCAUAAAAGCCAGACUGGUCUGUUCGGUACCUGGACCUCAUGGCAUCGACACACACUUCAACCAGCUUGAGGAUGUCUUCUUGUUGAGAACCAAGGAUGAGAGGAACCCAGAUAUCUAUGCAAUCUUCAGCACCAUCAGUAAUGUGUUCCAGGGCUUUGCUGUGUGUGUUUAUCGUAUGGCUGACAUCAGAGAAGCUUUUAAUGGACCUUUUGCUCAUAAAGAGGGUCCUGAUCACCAGUGGGGGGCCUAUGAAGGAAGGGUGCCUUACCCAAGACCAGGCGUGUGCCCAAGUAAAAUCACCAACCAGCCUGGCAGAGAGUUUGGCAGCACAAAGGACUUCCCUGAUUCAGUGCUGCACUUUGCCCGCAGCCACCCCUUGAUGUGGCGGCCGGUGUAUCCAACCCUGCGCCAGCCUCUGCUGGUCAAGGCCAACAUUCCCUACAAGCUGACACAAAUUGUGGUAGACCGGGUCGAGGCAGAGGACGGGCAGUAUGAUGUCAUGUUCAUUGGUACAGAUGCUGGUAAAGUAUUAAAAGUAAUCGCCCUAAAUAGUGGAAACAGUCUGGAGGCAGAGGAAGUCACACUUGAGGAGUUACAAGUCUUUAAAAUACCAACUCCAAUUACAUCAAUAGAUAUAUCUGUGAAAAGGCAAGCCCUGUAUGUGGGCUCUCCGGCAGGUGUGGCGCAGGUGAAGCUGCACCGCUGUGAGACUUAUGGGAAAGCCUGUGCUGAAUGCUGCCUAGCCAGAGACCCUUACUGUGCAUGGGAUGGUGCAUCCUGCUCACGGUUUGUGCCCAACAGCAAACGUCGCUUCCGCAGGCAGGACAUUAGAAAUGGAAACCCAGUGCUGCAGUGUGUGGAUCAAAAUCUGAGUGGAGACCUGGAUGUGACAGAGGAAAAGGUUGUUUAUGGGACUGAGAACAACAGUACUUUCCUGGAGUGCAUUCCUCGCUCACCACAAGCUACUGUCGCAUGGCUGGUCCAACGCGAUGACCGCAAAGAAGAGGUAAAGCUGGAUGAUCGUGUGAUGUCAACAGAACAGGGUCUGCUGUUUCGUCGUCUCUUCAGUCAGGAUGAGGGCUUGUACAUCUGCCGCUCUCGAGAGCACAGCUUCACGCAGACCCUGGCCCGCAUCACCCUUGAGGUCCUCCAGGGUGACACUGUAAACGAGCUCAUGGCACGUGACACUGCAGGCCUCUCUGAGACAUUCAAAGAUCGAUCAGCAGGAAGCUAUAGGCCCUGGAUGCCUUGCAGUACAUACAGCAGGAGCGGUUCAUCAAGCCAAAUGGGCCAAUCACGCACGUGGUUCAAGGACAUCAUGCAGCUCAUCGGACCGUCUAACCUGGUGCAUGUGGAGGAGUAUUGUGAGAGGAUGUGGUGCAACGACAAGAUCAAGAGGAAACACAAGAGCAUGCUAGAAAAAUACCGCCAAGCCCAGGACAGCGCUAGAAAGGCUCGUAGCAAGAGUUCCGGUGAACGUAACCGAACACCACGGGAUCUAAGGGCACGGGAGUAACAAAGGAGAAUGUUAGGGACAUGAUUAAAGAGGAAAAAAGACAUUAAGAUUAUGGUUCAGGACAAAAUCAGUGAGGCAACAUAAAAGAACACUGUAAUAAUGAUUUUUGUAAGAAUUUGUCAGAUGAGCCUCCUUCGACCAUUAAAUUGAAUACAAAUUCUGAAUUUAGUUUAGGAAAAAAACUGUUUUAUCCACCUAAAUAUUUUGCAGGUGCGUAGAAGGAAAUCACAACUUGAACUGAAAAAUGCCUGCAGAGUGACUUGCUUUAUAUUCCAGCAGUAAGCAAAACUUGCCGAGGUUCUCAGUUAUUUUGAAGAUUGUGCAUGCAGAUAUCAUGGUUGUCAGCCAAGAAGAGAGAGACGAGAAAGCAAGAGACUGAUAUGCUAAAUUGAACUGAUUCCUGCAGAUGUGACGAUCUUGAAAAAGGAGAGAGACAAUCUUUCAAUUACACCCUGAGGAUGGUUUUGAAAAAACCCAAAUAAGGACGUCUUUUCCUUGUGUGCUUUCAUCACUGAAAUGAGAAACUCAGCUUUUGUUUCAUCACAUCAUUCUUCACAUAGAAAAUGCUCAAAACCUCCCAAACCUCAUAUUCAUGAAACAUAUGCACACCAGUAGGGAGACUUUACUGACAGCAGAGCAUGUUUCAUGUUUGCAUUUUAUCUUCACUAAAUCUUUUGCGAAUGUUUUAUUUUCUUAUUGGCCCAUAUUGAAUUAUUACCUCUUAUUGGCAAAUGUACAGACACACACACACAUACACACACACACACACAGACAGAGACAAAUACUUUCUGCUUAUAUUUGGGAUGUUUUUCACACAAUUAAAUCACUGGAUUAACUUCUUUCACUGCACAAUUAAUGGUCCAUGUCUCUUAGUUUCUCAAGCUUGGACUUACUAUCUGAUGUUACACAUGAAAACACAUGCUCACACUGACUGAAAUCUCAAUAACUCAAAACACUGAAUGCAUAAAGCUCAACUAGCUGAAACUAGAGGCAACCGUGAGACGACUGUUGAUGGUUCAACUGAUUAAAGACACAUUUCUUUCUUUUAACUCCUGCAUGUGGAUUGAUCUUUCCACUGAACACCGACUACAGAUCAAAACCGAAGCUCGCCUGCCCAGAGAGGAAUAAUAUUCUAUUGCUUGUAUUUUAGUUACACUCCAUAAUACCUCUAAAAAGUAUUUCCCAGUCAGCCACAACAUGAAAGACACCUGUCUAAAACAGCUGUACUGCCAACACUGAUCCAUCAGAUGGACUCAGGACCUUCAUAGGUGUCAUGUGGUGUUUGGCUCACUGGAUGUUUAUGGUUCUGUGGGUUGCAGGCGUCGAUCAGACUAUGUGAGGAGUUUAAACCAAUACCAUGAAUUGUUUGAGUUACUCGUGCUGUUCCUGAGCAGUUUUGAACUGGUUUGUGAAAGUUGUUUUACUGAUAGGAGGUCGCUGUGGUCAGGGAGGAUUGUAGUCGGUCCACAGCAAUGUUCAGAUCAGUAAUCCAUGUCGAAAGACCGGCAUGAAUAUGAGGACCUGGAGUUUUAAAAAAAAUUUACCUUGUAACAUGAUGAUUUCACCUGUCAGUUAUUUCAGUGUUCCUCAGUGCAAUCCACACUAAGCCUCACUAAAAGGCUUAUAUAACAAUUUUUUUUCAAGCUCAGUUAAUGCAUGCUGUUAUUUGAGUAACUGCUUAGUUUUUAAAAGAUCAGAAAACAGUCAAAUUUGUUCUUAAUAAAUAUCAGACACAUCCCAUUUUUUUAGUAGUAAAAUUAGCAUGAAAAAAUAAAACAACAGAAAAGAACAGAACAGAAAAUUUCAUAACCCAACUUAUUUGUUAAAUGUCACCAACCAAUUUAACAAUCCACUGAACUUUUUUUUUUUGCCCACAGUACCUCUGUUGGAGCUCUCCAGUGAUAACAGAGGGAACAAUAGAGGGGUCAGGUGUAAUGACCAGCUCUCCUUUUGUUUCAUGCUUUGUAAAUACUAGUUAUAAAAUGUUUCAUGUCUUGAUUACAGAAUAAUCUGUUUAAAUAUUAACUCAAACUUUGUUGUCACAAUGUUUUUUUCUGGUUCAUUAAAUCAUAACAUCAUUUUCUCCCCAGGUAAAGAGGUGGAAAAGAAAAGGAGAGGGUUAAAGUGGUGUAAAAGAGGGUGAAUAGGAAGGGUUUAGACAGAAAAAAUAUGAACCCUUUACAUGCUUCAUUUUAAGCAUGCGAGUCCUUUCCCAGAUUUAAAAAGAUAACGCCACUACAUUUUCUAAAUACACGAAGCCUACAUCUUUGAAAACGAGUCAUCAUUUGUCAGACCUUUGAAAUCUAUCAUAAAUCCACUGAAAAUAAAUUACUUAAAAAUAAACAUAUGGUUUAAAGUGAUGCUGUCUUUCUUAGGACAAAUAGCAAAUAGUAAUAAUAAUUAGAAUAAUAAAAAUGCCAAGUGUAAAAGUGUGUAGAAAUUAAGCUUCAGUAUCACCCAGCGCUGUCUGUGGAUGAUAAGAUUUUUCGAGCUCCAGCAGCUCACAGAAAUGAUGUAAAACGAUGAAUGUUUUAUCAGUUUUAGAUUCAUCUUUACUGCUUUUUAAAAUGCCUGACAUGUUAUGAUUACGAUACAACAAUUAAAACAAGAAAACUGUACUUAUGUGGCACAUUUUCUUAGAUUUUAACAUGCUCUUACAUAAAGAGCAUACAUAUCAUACAUAUAUUCUUCAAUGUGUAACAACCACAGUGUCUAUAGUAAGGAUGGUAUUGAAUGAGCAAAGUUUAGUGAUUUAUCUCAUUGUUAAUAGUAAGAAACAGUAUUGGCAACUUCCUCUGUGGCCUUCAUCACGGCUUCUAAGUCAAGAAAAAACUGAAGAUGGGCAAAUACAGGAACAUUUUGCCUUAAAAAAGGUACUUUGGUAUAAACGUCUUAUAAAGACUGGAUUUGAAACUUAUAAAACCCCUCAACACCUAAUAAGUAGAUUUUUCUAUAAAUCUCAGUGUGGUUUUUAAUAGUACGUUUUAACACAUGAUUGAGUUUAGUCAUGCUUUCUCAAAAAAAGACUCAUGUGUUUUUAAACUAGACUGAUUUUGUGUAAACUUUGCUCAAAUACUGUAUUUGUUUCAGCUUCUGCUUCUCUACAUUGUGAAUUACUGUCAGCAGAAAAAUAAACCUAGAAGCAUUGUGUUUGAA